CCCUCCGUCUCCAGCUGACGCGGUUGUCAGUGGGUUGCGCGCGAAGGUAGUUCAAAAUAACGGAUGUCGUGCGGACUAACGGGGUUGAAGGGUCUGGAAAGCCUGAGCAGGAGAUCAACCACAGUUGUCGCGAAUUCCACAGCGGGCGCCGAUUUGUUCAGAGCUGGAAGUUGUUACCUGUUUGAACGGGGAGGGGAGAGUCGGUGUAACGGGGGAGGCGAGGCAAAGUGAUCACGGUCGAGCGGAUCUGUACCAUGUUAUACUGGAAUAAAAUUAUGAGGAGCUGCUUCAUAGGCUUUCUAUGUCUUGUCCUAUGGAGAUGGCAGCAUCUGCAUUCAACUCUUGCUGAAGGUCAUCUGCCACCUGAUUUUGAAGUCACUGAGGGUCAUCGACCAAACAUUCGUUUAGAUAAGAACCUUGUUCAAGACAAAGAUCACAUUAUGGAACAUUUAGAUGGUGUGAUAGACAAACCAGAAUCUGAGAUGACACCACAAGAACUUCAACUUCAUUACUUCAAAAUGCACGAUUAUGAUGGAAAUAAUCUUCUUGAUGGAUUGGAACUAAUAUCAGCCAUUACACAUGUACACAAAGAGGAAAGUGGUGGCCAAGGACAACCCAUGAGUGAAGAAGAAAUUGUUAGCUUAAUUGAUGACGUUUUAAGAGAUGAUGACAAGAAUAAUGAUGGGUUCAUUGAUUAUGCUGAGUUUGCUAAAUCACUAGAGUGAAAAGGACAAAUCAUGGAUUGGUAUUACCCAUUUUCUGACCCCCAUAGGGGAAGCAAUUAAAUAUAUUUUUAUUAAUGGUGAAGGUCAGUUAACUUUAUUUUCUUAAUAACUGAGCCAAUCAUAGGUUAUCAGCCUCUAAAAAACAGAAGGUUAGCUUUUGUGUAAUAACUGCAAACCUUUUAAACUUUCACUGGAUACCUGUGAAUAUUUUUGUGCAAUUUAUAAAAGAAACUUGUGGAAGGGUAGCGUGUUAUGUUGCUAUCCAAUAUUGUGAAUUUUUCAUUAGCAACAUGCUGUAAGGAAAACAGUAAUUCUGAAGUGUUGACAAUUUUCUUUAGACCAUCAGAAUGAAUGAUUUGUAUUUAAAAUGUUAUCACAAAAGUUACAGAAGUCAGAAUUUUAUCUAGCUGUAUAAGGCAAAUGAUAAAUUAGAAAAUUCUAAUUCUUUAACUAGUAAAUACUUUCAUGUUCAAUGUCUGUUGCCACAAACCUACAAAUUAAAUGUGGGUGACCAAUAUAUGCACUAGUUAUAUAGUAUUACUGUACAUGUGAAAAUUGAUUAGAUAGUGCUUGUAAAAUAAACUGUAUACUUUUAGUUUCAGGAGCUCAGUUGUGUAGUGUAAUGUUGUAACUAGUUAUCUUUUUGUUACAAUCUACUUUUUAAAUUUAUUGAGACAUUGAACUGUUCAAGGGGCAGCAGGGCCAAACUUUUGGUAUACCAUUUGAUAGUAUAGGACAUGAUUUUCACUGAUCAUUCUUCACGUUCAAUUACUAGUUUCUGCUGAGCCAUCAGAAGCAAACAGAAGAUUACGUGCUCCUGACUGACAGUUUAACCAGUUCUGUGGUAUUUUGGAUACAGAAUCAGUGUUUGUUUUGAAAGCGAUAUGUUUACAAAAGCAUUGGUUUUGUCAUAUGUUGUAUCGAUAAUAUGUAUUAAUUUUAAAACUUGCCAUUUUGAAAAGAUUGAGUAUUACUAUGUUGAAAUUUGGUCAUAUUCCAGUAAACCACCUUCAGGAAUGCAUUUCUUUUCUUUUUAAACUGGUGGUUCUGGUGAAUGGAGCAAUGGUUGCUAACUAAUAAAUUCCAGCCUAAAACGUUGUUGGCACUUCAGUGCGCAAACACUUUGUGCAUUGUUAUUGGUAGUUAUAUUUAUUAUAAAAUAUAAGUCAAAUAUAAUUUGUCUUUAAUAUUCACAAACCAAUUUCAACACCAAAUGGGAUUCUGUGGUUUAAAAAUUUUAAACUGCAUUUAAAGUCUUGUGCCUGAAAUUAAAUUUAAGUGCUGAUUUAUGACCUUGCUCCUUCCCCAUACUACUGUACCAAAAGGUAGUUGGUUUGCAUCAACCUUGCACCUUUAACCUUGGUGCAUCUUGUGUCCAUAGCUGUAUUUGAAAACAAACUGGCUUCCUAUGUCAGUGAUAAAUGUUUUACUAAAAUUAAACUAACAAAUCAUUUGACAAGUUUAA